AUGCCUUUUUUUAUGUUUUCUUCAGAGGCAACGCUCGCCGGAGCAAAGGCAGCCGCAGUCGCCACGGUCGCAUCUGCAGUUCCGACGUUAGCGAGCGUGAGGAUGCUGCCAUGGGCCAAGGCGAACCUGAACCCCACCGGGCAGGCCCUCAUCGUCUGCACCGUCGCCGGGAUGGCCUACUUCGUCGCCGCCGACAAGAAGAUCCUGGCGCUGGCGAGGAGGCACUCGUACGAGCAGGCUCCCGACCACCUCAAGGACACCUCCUUCCCUGGCGCUGCUGCUCAUCGCCGUCCAGCAUUCUUCAGGCCAUGA